GCGCUGCGCGCCCGGGCGCUGUACGACUUCAGGUCGGAGAACCCGGGCGAGAUCUCGUUGCGGGAGCACGAGGUGCUGAGCCUGUGCAGCGAGCAGGACAUCGAGGGCUGGCUCGAAGGGGUCAACAGCCGCGGGGACCGCGGCCUCUUCCCGGCCUCGUACGUGCAGGUGAUCCGCGCCCCGGAGCCCGGCCCGCCGGGCGACACCGGGCCGGGCGUCCCGGCUCGCUACGCCAACGUACCGCCCGGCGGCUUCGAGCCGGUGCCCGCCGCGCCGCCCGCCUCCUUCAAGCCGCCGCCCGACACCUUCCAGCAGCUGCUGCAGCCUCAAGCGGCACCGCUGCCCAGCACCUUCCAGCCGCUGGGCUCGGGCUACCCGUACGGCGGGGGCGCCCUGCAGCCGUCGCCGCAGCAGCUCUACGGCGGCGGUUACCAGGCCAGCCAGGGCAGCGACGACGACUGGGAUGACGAGUGGGACGACAGCUCCACGGUAGCGGACGAGCCUGGCGCGCUGGGCAGCGGCGCGUACCCGGAUCUCGAUGGCUCGUCGUCGGGGGGCGGCGCCGCCAGUCGCUAUCGCCUGUCCACGCGUUCGGACCUGUCGCUGGGCUCCCGCGGCGGCUCCGCGCCCCCGCAGCAUCACCCGUCGGGGGCCAAGAGCUCGGCGACGGUGAGCCGCAACCUCAACCGCUUCUCCACCUUCGUCAAGUCCGGCGGGGAGGCCUUCGUGCUUGGCGAGGCGUCUGGCUUCGUGAAGGACGGGGACAAGCUGUGCGUGGUGCUGGGGCCGUAUGGCCCUGAGUGGCAGGAGAACCCUUACCCCUUCCAGUGCACUAUCGAUGACCCCACCAAGCAGACCAAGUUCAAGGGGAUGAAGAGCUAUAUCUCCUACAAGCUGGUGCCCACGCAUACGCAGGUACCGGUGCACCGGCGCUACAAGCAUUUCGACUGGCUGUACGCGCGCUUGGCGGAGAAGUUCCCAGUCAUCUCGGUGCCCCACCUGCCUGAGAAGCAGGCGACCGGCCGCUUUGAAGAGGACUUCAUCUCCAAGCGAAGGAAGGGCCUGAUCUGGUGGAUGAACCACAUGGCCAGCCACCCGGUGCUGGCGCAGUGCGAUGUCUUCCAGCACUUCCUGACUUGCCCCAGCAGCACCGACGAGAAGGCCUGGAAACAGGGCAAGAGGAAGGCUGAGAAGGACGAGAUGGUAGGUGCCAAUUUCUUUCUGACGCUCAGCACGCCUCCCGCCGCUGCCCUUGAUCUUCAGGAGGUGGAGAGCAAGAUCGAUGGCUUCAAGUGCUUCACCAAGAAGAUGGACGACAGCGCACUGCAACUCAACCACACCGCCAAUGAGUUCGCGCGCAAGCAGGUGACCGGCUUCAAGAAGGAGUAUCAGAAGGUGGGCCAGUCCUUCCGCGGCCUCAGCCAGGCUUUUGAGCUGGACCAGCAGGCCUUCUCAGCCGGCCUGAACCAGGCCAUCGCCUUCACCGGAGAUGCCUACGACGCCAUCGGCGAGCUCUUUGCAGAGCAACCCAGGCAGGACCUGGACCCCGUCAUGGACCUGUUAGCGCUCUAUCAGGGGCAUCUGGCCAACUUCCCGGACAUCAUCCACGUUCAGAAAGGAGCUCUUACCAAAGUAAAGGAGAGUAGGCGGCAUGUGGAGGAAGGGAAGAUGGAGCUCCAAAAGGCUGAUGGCAUUCAGGAUCGCUGUAACACUAUUUCUUUUGCGACUUUGGCUGAGAUUCACCACUUCCAUCAAAUUCGAGUAAGAGACUUUAAAUCACAGAUGCAGCAUUUCUUACAACAACAAAUAAUAUUUUUCCAAAAAGUGACCCAGAAGUUGGAAGAAGCUCUUCACAAAUAUGAUAGUGUUUAAUGACUGGACAUUGGAUUGUGUACUUUUUCAGUUCAAGGAUAAUUUCUGCAGCAGAAUGAAGACUGCUAUCAAAGAGCUUUUGCCAACUAUCAGUGGUGGUACAAGGAUGGUUUUGUGUUCAACUGAAACUCUGCUGAAUAUAUAAUUACUUAGGAAAGAAACAGUUAAUAUGGUUAUGUAAUAGAAACAGUACCACACAUUGUAACUAAAUUAUACUAUGUAUGCCUACACUACCAUUGUAACUUUUGGAAUAAUGAUUAUACUAUUUGCCUUAUUGCUUUUUGAAGUAUGGGUAUUCUAGUGCAUACUUUGUAGACCUCAGAACCCAUGAAGGGUCUUGAAGAAGCUGGCUGGAAAAAGCCUGCUGCAGAUGCCUUUUUACUCUCAUAGAUUGGGAUUACCUAAAUUCAACCUAUUCUCUGUUUACAAAAUCCAACUAGAGCAGCUAUGCGACUUUG